AUGCACGGCUCCUACCGGAAUAUCCAUCCUGGCGCCAUCAACACGAGUUGCUGCGAUGACUUACCGGGCCGGAGUGCCGCAGAAGUUGGGCUGGAGCGGCGCUCCUGUGCAUCUACUGAGUCCAGCGAGAAUGCCAGUCCAAAUGCACCCACGGGCCUAUGGCUGGCGAGUCGCUUCGGCACCCACCAGCCAAUUCUAAGCACCUGCAGCAGCGGAGAAUCCUCGUCGGCCACCCAGACCGCCGAGGUUGAUCCUAUCCUUCCCAAGGGCGGCGGCAUGUCUGGUCCGCGGCGUCCGUUGCUCAAGGGCCAGCGUCCUCGGUUUAUCAAAUUCGGUGCUGUGCGGACUCUCCGGCAUCUUGGCCAUUUCACGACACAGUCAUUGCGGAGCCGCUUCUUUUUCUGCGUGGGCGCAUCCUCGUCCUGUCUAUUGGUUUUCUCGCUCACCUUCAUAUUAGCCCUACUCACGAUCACACCGCUGGUGUACCUGUCGAUUGGCGAAUUCAACGACGGAGAAAACGAUCUGAUUGUCUCGCAGACAGGAGACAAUCGCAUCAACUACACGCUGCUGUCGUCGCUGCUGCUGCAGUUCGGCAGCGAGUACUCAUAUUCCACGCCGCGAUACCACGACAUCCAGUUUCAGGUCUACUACGCCCCAUCGUGCGGGCUGCCGUCUCCGCCCAGCGGGCCCUCCAAGCAGUUUUCGCAGUGCGUCUUGGAAUCCGACAGCUGCCUUGGGCAGCAAUGCACGAGUCCGGUAUGGGUCCACUCAUUCAUCCUGGACUCGGACCGCGAGAAGGACCUUGGGAUCGGCCGCACCUGGGCCCUUGGUGCUCUGCAGAAGAACCAGGUCUACAUCGGAGCCCGGCUCGCCCAGCGCUACGGUGCAUCCGUCGGCGAUACGCUCUAUGUGGCUCUGGACUACCGCACCCUCUUUCCCGUCCUCAUGACCAGGGUUACCAGCCAGCUGCAGCACCCGCUCAAUCAGACGGCCCUCGACCAGCUUUCGUCGCGACAAGUUCUGAAUGUUCCGUUUGUGAUAUCUGCCAUAUACGACGAAGAUGCAAGCAGCAAGAUUGGCCGCUGGCCGCCAAAGGAAUUCAUGAUGAUCAUGGAGCUGUCGCCGUUCAUGGACUCGAUCGUGCCGUAUCUGCCGGCAAGUCUUCCCGCAGCGUUCACCCAGCAGUUUCGGCAAGCAGCACUGCUUCGGACCCAGUACGAGCAGAUCACCAAUGUGAUCUUCUCAUGCGCAAUCCCCCGAGUGAGCUGCUAUGAAAGCGCCGACUUUUACAACAUCGCCCAGGACCUGGUCUCGUGGGCCUCCAGCUUGAGCUUCAUCAUCAAUGCGACCCUCCAGCUUCAGUACGACUACCAGCUCCACCUGCUUACUCCGCUGCACAACGCAUCGAUGCUGUCCGGCUAUCUGCAGCUGUUCUUCACCUUCAUCCUGGUGUUACUUGUGGCUCUGGCCUUCUUCUUGCUCAACACCAACCUGGCAUAUCAAGUUGAAGCACGCACGUUCCACUCGGCUGUUCUGCGUCUCAUGGGCAUGGGACGAUCGGGGCUGGUGUCGAUGACGCUGACAGGCUCGCUUUCUGCCGCUUUGCCCGGCUGGAUUCUCGGGAUGCUCGUGUCCCAGGCUGUCUACAUGUGUGGCCGUGUGGCCAUGAACUCAUUCAUCGGCAUCAAUCCCCCAGUUGUCCUGCCGACAGAGUGUAUCCUGCUUGGAACAUGCGCUGGACUGGUCAUGCCUGUGUUGGCUGCUCUCGCGCCAACCGCCCGAGCUUGGAGCCAGACCAUCGUCGGAAGUCUAUACAUCUCACGAUUCAGAAUCAGCAGCAUGUCAAAGCGAUCGAGAUCAAGCCACGGCCACAGCUCGCUGCUACGCACCAAUACCAUUCUGGCCACCCUCAUCAGCAUAACGUGCUUCAUGGUCUACAUCUACCUCCCAAUGUCGUUUGCUCAAAAUGACACCAACACAACGACCUUGAUCAUGUGGGCGCUGAUGCUCGCUGUUCUGGCCGGGCUCUUGGCUCUGUCUUUGAACGUCCAGAUCGUCUUGGAGUCGCUCAUCUUGCACCUCGUCAUGCUCUUUGCCUUUGCCGAGACCCGAAUCGUGCGACAAAUCGCCCAGAAGAACUUGCUGGCGCAUCGGUCCGAGCACAGGUCAACCUCCCUCACGCUGUCGUUUGCUCUGAGCUUCAUUAUCUUUCUCCUCAUGAGCUUCCAGGUCCAGAUCACCAUGAUGGAGACCAGUCCUGUCCAGAAAUACGGUGCUCCGCUCUCGGUCUUGUUCGAUCCGCCUGUCCACCUCGGCGACCUCGAGGCCCUCGACGCCUUCUCCACCAGCAACGGCAAGGCUCUGUUCGAGGUUGCUUACCAAACAGCGCCGCUGGACACUCUCGUUCCCAUGACACUGAUUCAGAACCCCGGCGGCGUCGUGGCGAUGCCGGUGUCCGUUCAAGGCAUCUCCGCCGGCUUUCUCACGAUCGGAGAGCCGUCUGUGCUCGAGUUUGGCCAAGUUCGUGAUGGUCGGUCGGUCGACCAGAUUGGAGGCAUGCUCGGGUCGUCCGGACUGCCCUUCAUGCCGUGCGUUCUGAGCUCAUUCCUCAGCGACUCGCUCAGGUGCACGGCCGGCGAAGAGGACCGCCCAUGUGCGCUGUUGUCGCUCAACGGAAGCUCGACCAAGAUCGCGCUCUCACCAGUGGCCUUUCUAGACAGCGGGUAUUGCGGCUCCUUCACAAAGUACCCGACCAGCAACCCAACUUCUGUGUUUGUGUCGAUGGCGAGUUUCUUGAAUCUCAGCAGAGGCCGAGUUGGAUCGCUCGAGCAAAUGUCGAUCCAAACUGCCCUCAUCCGGCCCACCGAUCUAUCAUCAUCAACCAGCAUCCGUCAAUCGCUCUCAAGCUAUCUUCCCUCGGGUGGGUCUGGAGCUACGAUCGUGGAUCUUCAGGACGAAGUGUCGACCUUGGAGACGGCCAAGACCAUCCUGGACAUCCUAUUUUACUCGAUCGCCGGCAUCGUGGUGUUGAUGGCCAUGUUCAGCCUCAACACGGCCAUGUGGGCCUCGGUCCAGAACCAGUCGAAAGAGAUUGCCGUGCUGAUGGCCAUCGGACUCGGAAAGUGGGCUCUGACCCGGAUCUACUUUUACGAAGGGUACACCGUUGUCCUGGCAGCAAUCUUUUCGGGAACCGCACUUGGCACAUGCGUCGGCUAUGGCAUCGUCGGGUCGUGGUCGACCAUCACCGGGACGCAUAUCUUGGUUCCAUUCCCGUUCUGGAUUGUUCUUGUGGCCCUCGGCGUUGCCCUCGUCUUUGUGAUGGCAUCGAUAGCUUCGCCUAUCUACCGGAUUAUCUGGCGGAGCCAGAUCGUACACAACCUCCGCUAA